UUGUUGUCUUUUGUUGAUAUGAUUUUAUGGGGGAAAAGUAGUUUACAAAAACGGCCUACUUUUCGGAAAAAACGAGAUUUUGAAAUAUUUUCCUGAGAUCGUGGUCAAUAUUUCGGAAGUUUUUCUCCACUAGUGAUUUUGUAGCUCUACAUAUAGAAGCUAAUCUGACGGUAUCAGCUCAUGAAAGUGUUUCAUUAAAAAAUGGUGAAAAUGCUCACAAAAGGACGGUUCUGCUGGGAAAUGGGAUUUUGCCAUUGUUUUAAAAUUUUUUAAACGUGAUAUUCGUCACCAGGAGGCCGAGUUGUACUAGUCGUGUUAUUCCCGACCAGUUCGGACAAAGUCGAUGUAAACUCUGGUACGCUUUCAAAAGAAUCACCCUCUCUCAUGUUUCUCGAAGUAAAGCGUUGAUUAAGUAGUUUCGAGUGCCUCGAUGAACACUUAAAGGAAAAUAUCGGUUCUUUACAAGUUUCUGUUCUAGAUGUCUAAAUCAAAAAGUUAUUUUUUACAGUAUGCAAAUCGCUAUGAAAUUGAUAUCGACAUUGACAAUAACUUCGAUACUAUUCAAACAACAUACAGUCGUUUAGUUCACUAUUCACCAAAAACGUCACUUUUGUCGUUCUACGAUAUUUUAUCAUUAUUUGUCUCUACUACGCCACCUCAAUUUCCCCGUCUCUUUCAAAUAGCCUGUUCAUCACAAUUAUUUUUAGCUCUGACAACUACAAUGGAUCUAAUUUUCUAUGCGUAUUACGCACAUGAUAAAACAGCAAUUUUAAUCGAACAAGUUUCAACAGAUGACGAGAAGAGUGUAGUAAUUCAUAAGAUACCAAACAUGGAUAGUAGUAGAGAUGAAACUGAGUUUUAUCAAUUAUGUUCACUGGACGAUGGCACUAUUUAUUUUUCUCAAAAUUGUCAGCUAUUUUCGUCAUCAGGAGUCAAUGAUCCUUUAGCAAUACUUCCCUGUUCGAUUAUAAAAAUGAGUGCCAGUAAAGAACAUGUGUUAUUAUUGUUGUCCAAUGGUGAUGUAUAUAGUUUGGGAUUGGGUUUGCAUGGAGCAUUGGGUCAUGGUGAUCUAGAACAACAGACAAAACCAGUAAAAAUCGAACGUUUACAACAUGUGAUAGAUAUAGCUUGCGGUGGAUGGCAUUCAUUAGCUGUUUUAAAUGAUCAUUCAACAUUUACCUGGGGAUGGAAUUGUGAUGGUCAACUAGGAAUUAUUUCUGAUGAAAAUGAUGAUAAUGAUGAUGUAAAAGGUGUAUAUGUUGAACCAACAUUAUUAGAUUUAGAUUGUGAUUCGGUUUAUGCUGGUUCAAGACAUAGUGUAUUUUUAUCGAACGGUGAACUCUAUUCAUGUGGCUUAAAUAAAUAUGGACAACUAGGUUUUGAUGAUGACAGUUCAUUUGAACCAAAACAAAUAGUUUUAGAUAAUAAUAAAAUGAUUUCAUGCGUAUAUUGUAGCACUUGGACAACGUUAAUAACUUGUUUGGAAUGA